UUCGGCCCUCCUGAGCAGCUCAGCCGCUACUCCCUGCCUUCAGCCUUCAGUUUCAGCUGCAGAACACAUCUUUUGAUCCUGAUCUGUGGCUUCGAACAUUCACAGCAGCCAUGGAUACCAAAGUGCAGACGAUCCUUUUCAUGGUGUCGGCAACCCUUCUCAUAUUAGUGCUUGCUGUGAAUGCAGAGGACCACUUGGAUACAUAUGCAAAUGCUGUAUCUAGCCGAGCGAGUCCGAGAGGAAGGUUUCUUUUGAACGUGACUCCUGCGAGAAACACUUGCAAAUACAACAAAUCAAUUUGCCGCCAGGCAGGCUCAGCUGGUCCUGACUGCUGCGAUGAGGUGUGUGUUGACAAAAGCACUGACUUCAACAACUGUGGGUCAUGUGGCCAUGACUGUCACUUUGGGAAAACCUGUUGCGAUGGUGACUGUGUGGAUCUUCAGAAAGAUGAAGACAACUGUGGAAGGUGCGGACUGAAGUGCCCCAGGAGAAUCUCGACUCACAACCUCCAUGGACGAUGUGAGAAUGGGCUCUGUGAUUACAACUGAUUAUUUGUUUCUCACAUUAUGAUGAAAUUUUUGUUUCAAGCCAGAUGAUUUUGUAUCUGUUCAGACUUCGGCCCUAGCUGAAAGCAAGCAAAGAAAAUGUAUUCUUGUUACGUUCACUCAACGUUCGUAAUGAUACUCGAGGUUAUUAUAUCACAACGAUUUCAGACUUUUUUGAAUAUAUAUGUAUAUCUCGUCUUCUCGAAGCUGCGCUGUCGUCAGGAAGUAUUAGUUCUUCCUUCAGUAAGUUGAAAGUAUGAGUCUGAAUGCAUGGGAAUCACCAUUACAAGCUUGUCAGUAAAAUCAGAAGCAUGAUGCCAGAGACUACGAACUCCAAAAGGUUUUUAGACUUCUGGUUCUGUACCAUCACGAGACUUAUAUGUACGA